ACCAAAAUGCAGGGCGGUCGUAGUUCCCAAGAUAACACAUAAUUACCAAACUACCCUUUAUUGCCAUAGCCUAUAUCGAUGCGAUGCCCCAAGCUUUAAAAAUUAAAACCAAAGCUGCAAAUUCGUCCGGUCGGAGACGCCGCGUUUGGAGAGAGAGAGAGAGAGAGAGAGGGGAAAGGAAAUGGAAAACGUGAUUCCUCAGCAAUGGGCUUCUCCUUGUGGAAAUCAAUGCACUCACAAAUACGCUGCUCUCAUGCAAAUUCCUUGGAGAGUGUUCUGCAAAAAAGGGUGUAAUGCGGAUGGAGACACUUGGGAAGAGUGUUUAGCAGAGUGCGAUGAGAUAUGCUAUAAGGAUCCUGUAUUAAAGGAUCAGCAAUGGAGUGCUUACAUCGAUCGCUCCCCUGGAGCUGUCAAUUACUCUCAGGACUGCUUCAAUGCUUGUGUAACUGGCUGUGGUUAUAAGUUUGAAAUUUGUAAAGAGAAAGUUGAUCAAGUCAGACCAAGACCAUUACCAUCCGAGCCUCUUCCAGAGGUGAAACCACCAACCUCGCCUGCAGCCACUAAACCUGAUGAACCCGCUGAAGAUGUACCAAGUACUUCAGCGUAGCUAGAGGUGAAACAUAAAAGUUCUUAUUAGAUGAAUAGUCUGCUAGGAGAGAUUCAUAACGUUGCUGACAUGCUACUAUUGAUCGAUAAAAUCUUGUCCAGGGCCGUUUGUGAAGAAACAUAUAUAUUUUUCUUCUGUAGUUUGCCCCUUGUCAGUUGCCACCUUAUAUAACCCUUCAACAUCUCUGCAAAUUGAUAUGGGAAGGCGAUAUAGGCAUCCAAUUUUGUUAAUCAUGGCAUAAUGGAAAAGCUUUUUUGAUA